UCCCUGCCUCUGCCAUGGCAGCCAUUCUCCUAACGACCAGAGCCAAGGUGCCAGUAUCUUUUGAGGACGUGUCCGUGCACUUCAGCAAGACAGAAUGGAAGCUUCUGGAUCUCAAACAAAGGAUCCUCUACAAGCAAGUGAUGCUGGAGAACUACCGCCAUUUAGUGUCACUGGGAUUUUCAUCCUCCAAGCCUCACCUGGUCUCCCUGCUGGAGCGAGGGGAGUGGCCCUGGGUAACAGACAGCCGGACAAGGGCUGCUGUAGGAACACAGGCAGAUGAAAGGAUCAAGAGCAAGACAUUGAGUUCCAAGAAGAAACAUUGUCCAAAAGAAUGCGCAGGUGGCAGCAAGGGCCAGGGAGCCAGGCUGCUGGAGGAGACACCUGAGCAGACACAGAAACAUGUUCGUUCUCCAGAGGCAGGUUCCAGCAGGGGUGACCAUCACAGGGAGAAAGGCCAAGGCAGUUCCUCGGGGGCGGGAAGAGAGCCAGUGCAGAGAAGCAACCCCAGCGUCAGGCAGGUUUCAGUGUCAAGGCCACAGAGUUCCAAAGGCGCAGAGAAGCGGUACCUCUGUCAGCAGUGUGGGAAAUCCUUCAGCCGGAGCUCCAACCUCAUCAAACACCGCAUCAUCCACAGCGGCGAGAAGCCCUACGAGUGCUCAGAGUGUGGGAAACUCUUUCGGCGCAGCUUCGCCCUCCUGGAGCACCAGCGCAUCCACAGCGGCGAGAAGCCCUUCGAGUGCAAUGAGUGCGGGAAGACCUUUACGCGCAGCUCCAACCUCAUCAAGCACCAAAUUAUCCACAGCGGCGAGAAGCCCUUCAAGUGCUCAGAGUGUGGGAAACUCUUUCGGCGCAGCUUCGCCCUCCUGGAGCACGAGCGCAUACACAGCGGGGAGCGGCCCUACGAGUGCAAUGAGUGCGGGAAGUCCUUCAGCAGGAGCUCUAACCUCAUCGAGCACCAGCGGACCCACAGUGGCGAGAAGCCCUACAAGUGCAGCAAGUGUCCAAAAGCUUUCAAGGGCAUCUCCCAGCUCAUUCAUCACCAGCGCAUCCACAGCAGGGAGAAGUCAUUCCAGUGCAAGGAGUGUGGAAAGGCCUUCCGGGGGCGCUCGGGCCUCAGUCAGCAUCGUCGGGUGCACAGUGGUGAGAAGCCCUACGAAUGCAGCGACUGUGGGAAGACCUUCGGCAGACGAUCCAACCUCUUCAAGCACCAGGCGGUUCACAGGGAGGAGAGGCCCCACAAGUGUCAAGACUGCAAGAAGGUGUUCCGGAGCAGCUUAGACCUCCUGGAGCACCGGCAGGCGCACGAAUGCCGGAAGGGCCUGCGGCAAGAGCGAGGAGAAGCCUUGCACAUGUGGCGAGUGUGGCAAAUGUGACAAGGCCUUGAAGGGAAAAUUGCAGAAAACUCGCCAUGGAAAGAAGACUUCGGAGGACAGCGACAAUGAAAAAGAGCCAGCCUCCUUGGCCCUCAAAAGUCCCCCUGCAGAGCCCCACCCUGAGGAUGAGAAGCAGGGGACAGACUCUGAAUGCAAGGCUACCCACAGUGCCAUGUGACAGGGUUGUCUCGGGAGGGCUGAGCGUCCUGCUCCCCUCCAUUCUGUCAUUGAUGAUGCAGCCUGAGCCCUGGGCUGAUGACAGGGUGCCAUGAGUGUGCACAGGAGUGCGUGUGUGUGGAGCAGAUGUGAGCUGCUGAAAGGCCCUUGCACACCCAUCGGGACUUCGUGCUGCAGGAGGACACCUGUGUAUGGGGCCACCCCCAGGGCACAGGCACCUUGAGUUCAUUCGGUAGAGGUAGUCUAUUUUCUCUCAUCGAGUCAUUCACUGCACCCCAAGACUUGUUAGUGUUUCCAGGUAGAAGACACGAAAAGCACUUUAAUCCUUGAAGAGCUUAUAGAUGGAAGGGACUUGAGGACAUUAAAACUCGUGAGCUCUGUAAGUAGGCUGUGGCUCGACUGUGACAUCCCCCCAAAUUCAUCAAGAAAUGGUCUGCAAAUGGACUCAGGCAAAUGCUCUCACACACUGCUCACGCCUGCAUUGUCAGCCUGGGCUCCGUUGGAAGGCACAGGACACCCUGCUACGGUGCUGACCCCUUCUUUUUCCAGGCCAUUUGUCUUUGUGCCUGAAGACUGCAGCUUUCCACGGCUGUCUCCAGCUGCUGCUUCUCAGAGGAGCAGCGCCAGGCCCCAUCUUCUCAGAGCUCAGAGCUUGGGAGGAUGGGGGGCGAC